AUGGCCGCUCAGACAGUUGCCGAACUUACCAUCGACGAAUUCCGUGCGUUGAUCCGUGAGACCGUCGCCGAGGUGGUUGCCGAGCUGUUCGACGACCCGGACGAGGGCCUGGAAUUAACCGAUUGGGCCGUAGCCAGACUGAAAGCGGCGCAACAAGCCGGGCAUACCGAGCAGCGUCCCACCAGAUCCUUGUCGGAAGUGGCCCGAAGACAUGGCUUGUCUUCGUGA